GUUAGUUUGGUUUGUAAAAAGCUGAAAAGUGGUAAAAUUAAUAAAAUAAAGGAACUUUAAAGUGACAAAGAAAGUCAAAAAUGCAAAAACUCCUCUGCACCCUCCUCAUCAUCGCUGCCUUCUCAGCAUCAUCCAAUGCCUUGAGAAUCAGAUGUGACUUCCAAAACAUGACAUGGACCUUUGGCAAUGCGUACACAUGCUUAGGAAAUGUCAUUGACAACGUUGACGAAGAAGUCUUGGAAAUUGAAAAUGACGGCAUGCAUCCAUGUCCAUUCAACAACAGCGAUGUCUGGGGAUUGUUCAUCCGUAACCAAAAUGUCACGAACCUUCCACUUGACAUUGGCUGGAAAUUCCCAAAUUUGAGAGGUCUUGAGUGCGACAACUGCAAUCUUAUCAGCCUCAGAAGUUCGAUGCUUGAGAGAUUGACAAACUUGCUCCACUUUGCAGUUCCACGUAAUCGCAUCCGCAAUCUUCCUGGUAACAUGUUCAGAUUCACAAUCAAUCUUGAGUGGGUCUACCUUCAUGGCAACCAAAUCUCAAAUGCUGGAUUCAAUGUUUUGAAAGUAUUGCGCAGACUUCAAGGAAUUUUCCUCGCUGGCAAUGGCUGCAUCAGUCGAAAUGCAAUGUUUGAUAACAAUGCUGUAUUUGGCAUCAUGCAUAGCUUGGCAACUGGAUGUCCACCAACAUUAGACGAUUUCAUCAGAGACACCGAAAACAGUGAAUGUACAUACAAGGAUGAGGACACAUCACAUUCAAGACGAAAGGGCAGCUCUGAGGAAAAGUCAAAGAGACUUGCUGAAGAGCUUGUUGGAUGGAGAGACAUUGAUCAAGAUUAAGUAAUGUGGCUUGAACAUUUUUG